AUGGAAUCGAUACCUUAGGACUCGGAGUUGACUUGCAAACUUGUGAAAUUGUCGGCAGAUCGGACCGAGAAGUCCCUUUUUUGGCUCCACGGGGCGUUCUGAGUCCUGACCGCUUGCCAGUCAACGUUGCAAGCGCUAAUUCUCCAUGCUCCUUCUCGUUAUCGCUGUUUGAAACGUACAAAAUCUGCAUUGAAAGCGCCCAAAAGAGGAUGUCAACCCCACUGACCUCAGACGGUGGUACGCUGCGAAGAAUCAAGUCAUUGGGAGAUCUACCUGGGGGGACGACAAAACGGAACGAAGAAUUUUUGCAGACUUUCAAGCGAUCCAAGGAUGGACAUCAUGGUCCAUCCGACGGAGUAGAGCAGAAUGUUGAGCAUGAGAAUUCGGACAAUGGCGCAGGACCUUCCACAUUACAGCCGCUAUCAAAACGAUCGAGUUCGUCUAGCGAUAUAUCUCUGCCAAAGCAGACGGAACUAGUGCAAUCAACCCCUGCUGUGUCUUUCAGAUUGUCUCAAGACAGAGUCCAACUGCCUGCUCAAGCUCCCCGGCCCGCUUCUACAGCUCCAGCUACUACACAGGCUCAUGGGAAUCAGCCUGUACGGCAACCAGAGUCGCGUUACCGAAGAAUAUUGUCAUUUUUUGGUUACGGGCGUGGUGCUUCUCGUGAGCGUAGAUCUAAUGUAUCACUGGGAUGGAAUUGCUGUUGGGGCUUGGCACAGAUCGUUGUCAUAAUCGUUAUUCUUGCUCUAUCCUCUCAUCUUGAAAGUAAGACAAUAUCGGGAGUCAAUCAACUGGACGCGUGUACCCGACCGUUAGGUGUUUGGUCAGGCCUGUGGAUCGGUAGAGUCGUUGUAGCAUGCAUAUUAUCAUAUUGGACUUGGCAGCGAGAGCGUUUAACUGCGGCCAUACAAGGGGAUAGUGAAGCAGGAAAUGUCAGCCAAACACAACUACCUUCCUCAAACUUGAAUGCCCAACCAUCUACGGGUGUAAACAAUGACGCUACUGAUGGAGAGACGCCAUCGUCGCCACCGUUGCCUCAAACUAGCAUUUACAGGAAGCUGACACUGUUUUCGACCCUCUUCAGCUUCAGUUGGUUCUUGACUGCCCACAUCCUGAUCUACACUUCUGUUGACUCUUGCCGACUUUCUUCCCCUCUGAUCUGGUGGCUCGUUUUUGGAAUCCUAUGCAUCACCUACUUAAUGGUCGUAGAGGUCAUCAUCCUAGGCUUGAUAGUAUUUUUGAUUGCGCCGAUACUCUUUUUGUUUUGGAACAUCUUCCUCAUGUGUCUUGGGCGCCAUCCCCUUCAAAACCCCGGCAUGAUCAAGCCCGAAAUAGGGAAGCUGUCCAAGUCCGUGGUUGACCGAAUCCCCCUCGUCAUGUACAUCCCACCACCUCCGGAACCCUCGUCUUUCCCCAUCAAGGUUCCUGAAGCGAUAUACACCUAUCCUCCGUCUCCCCCGGGUUCCAGUAAUACCGCUCCAUCAAAACGGCGAUUUAGAUUCCUAAAAAUCAAAAAGAAAACAGCCGGUGUACCUCCCAAUGAAUCGACCACUUCAAGUAAAAGCGAAGGUAAGAAGGCUACGAAGUCCGGUGUUCCUGAGACCUGGGAAGACCACUGGGAGCAGGAAGGAUACCCUUUUGUUGUUUUGGAAGGCAAUCGUGCUGCGUGCGCCAUUUGCUUAAUGGACUUUGAAGAGCCAAAACGAGUAGUAAAUACGUCGGAGAAAGACAAGGAGCUGUCACUUGAGGCUCCAGACCCGGCUGCAUCGGGGCGCUCACCUACGGAUGACAAGGCUGUAGAUGAGGGGAAUGCGGAGUUGAAGUUAGAAGAUGCAGGAGAUGGUGCGCAACCAUUAAGGCUUUUAGCAUGUGGACAUGUAUUCCAUCCGACAUGUCUGGACCCCUGGUUGACUGACGUCUCUGGUCGUUGUCCUGUUUGCCAAAGAGCCGUAGAACUUCCUGAACCUUCAUCGAAAAAGAAGAAGCGGAGCGGUUCAUGAAAUACGACCUGUAUCUGAAUGUAUCACAUAUGUACCAUCUGUCUUAUGAAAGUUAUGAUUGUGAGGACCUAAGAUUUUGUACUACAUGUAGAGUACCUAUUACACGAUCUGAGUUUUAUUUCAGGGUCGAUGGGCGUUAGCCCUAUUUAUAGAUCUCGAAGGAUGUGUUGGUCCUAAUGAAGACUAAGUUAGCUGCCGCAUUGUUGAACAGAGCAGAAAUUUGUAGAAAUGUCGGGGAUAUGGAUGAUGCCCAUGUCUUUAAUUUCCAAACUGUCCUCAGGCUACGUUCAAGAUACGAGGUAAGAUACUAGUGGUCACCUCGACGACACUGCCGCGUCAUCAGUCAGUUAAGGUUACAGCUCCAAUCGGUUUCUUUGGGCCACGUUAAAAUAGAACGUGCUUCCCGUGC